GAGCAUCUUCACUCGGGUUCGAAGGGCAGAAUGUUUUCUGUUCCAUUUCUUACCUCAUUGACAAGUCAUCUUGGGAUCACAGCAAUUGAUGAUGCAAGUGAUACCCUUUCAUGUCUCAUCACUGCCUUCCUCUUCAUUACUGCAGCCAUCCUCACAUCAGCCAAGACGUAUGUCGGCUCUGCAAUGGAGUGCUGGCUCCCGCAAACGUAUUCUGGAGACUGGGGAGAAUUUGCUGAAAACUACUGCUUCUUGAAGGACACCUACUUCUAUCCAAGACAACAAUCCAUGACAGAUAUUCCAAUGUAUCACAAAGAACGUCAUCGUCUUACCUACUAUCAAUGGUCCAGUAUGUACUUGGCAGUUGCUGGAAUUGCUUUCAUGAUUCCGAAGUUUCUUUGGAGACUUUCUCAAUCUACAACUGACAUGCCUGUUGUCUACUUCUGUGAUACUGCAAAUGAAAUCAAGAAUGAAACUGAGGAUAAGAGAAGUGCGAAGAUCAAGGAAAUGGCAAGAUUCAUGCGUACAAAGAUCACUUCCGUUCAUACUCCGUCGUUGUUUUCAUUCAUUCGAAUGUACAUGGUCUAUUCAGUUAUCAAGAUUCUCUACCUCGUCAAUGCAAUUGCUCAAUUUGUAAUUAUUGCAAUCUUUCUUGGACAGAAACGGAAUUUGUUCUGGGGAUGGACUCUCUUUAUGAAUCUUCUCAAUGGAAUCACUUGGGAAACUACUGGAUUAUUCCCUCGCGUUACCUUCUGUGACUUCCAAGUUCGUGAGAUGGCCGGAAAUAAUCGAGAUGAAACUGUCGAGUGUGUCAUUGGAAUCAAUGAAUUCAAUGAGAAAAUCUUCUUGUUCUUCUGGUUCUGGCUUGUGUUUCUCGUCUUCUCCACUCUCAUCGCUCAUUUCUACAACGCUGCUCAAAUUGUGAAGCCAUACUUCAUCCACAGUCUUCUUUUUGCUAUCCGGGAUCAUGAUAUUGUCGAUCAGAAGGAAUUGUUCAGAGAGUUUGGAGAGAAGUAUCUCACAAUGGACGGAAAACUUAUACUGAGUUUUGUCAAAUCUCAGAGUGACUUGGUAGCAUCGGAGGUUGCCGUGGAGAUGUACAGCGACUUUUUAGAAGCAAGAGACCGUGCCAACAUCGCUGAGGACAAAUACAACAACAUCUUGAAGAACGGAAAGCAAUAGUUUUUCCAUGUUUUCCCAUCCGCCAUUCUUGUCAUAAUUAUCUUUCUUAUUUCACAUUGCUUUAACUCUUUAAUUUUGUAACGUUCGACCCGUGAAUAAUACUACCAUCGAGUAGUAGAAUUACCCGGUGAUUUUUGAUUUUGUACGGCUUCCUUUGGAAAUAAACUGAAAUGCUAG